CAGCCUCAUAGGGCGAGGUGGAAUCCCCCCGAAGUGGAAAAAGGAAUAUCAUACAGUUAUAGCCAUCCCAUUGUAUCACGAGGUUGAUUAAUUUACACUGAUUCCCUCUACACUCAUCCUGACUUUCGUGACAAGGGCAUUGAGCCCAUCUCAGGGCAAAUUUGGCUUUUAAAGUAUCUCUGGAAAGGAAUUCAGUUGAACGUUGAUCUAACCAUCAAAAACUGCACGAAAUACGUGAACAAUAAUAACACUAUUAUUUCCUACACCCGAGAUAUGUAUAUUAUUUCUUUUUAGAAAUGUCAUCUCCUUUGUAUGAUUUCUUACAGUCGGAUUUCCUGGAACAUAAAGCGCAUGCGCUCAUUAUCUGAACUUUAAUGGCGGGAAUCCGGAUGUUUUGAUUUUAAAAUCGGUGACAUAGCCCCUCGUUUGUUUUCCAUUUAUUUAUCGAAUCGUUCGCAAUACUUUAUUUUAGAUAGCUGGAAUGGUAGAGGGUCCAGGAUGCACACUGAACGGAGAAAAGAUUCGUUCGAAGGUCCAGAGAGGACAAAAAGUGAAGAGAUUCAGCGGAACCUUAACAUCUAAAACACCCAGAAAUGCUACCAAUAUGAACAACUUCCAGGUCUUCCUUGGCUGUCAAUAUACAGGAGUGGAGACCCUUGGAAAGGAACUCUUUCUUUACUUUGGCCAAAGAGCUCUCAGAGUCCACUUUGGUAUGGAUGGCUCUAUGCGAAUCAACCAAGCUGAGCAGAAAAGUAGGAAGGGAUUACCCGCUGUGCUGGAGAUCCACCUCACCAAUGACACUGUCUGCUUCUUUGACUCCACUGUGGAAAUCAGACUCUCUGAGGACUGUGAACAGAGAGUGAGAGCUAUGGAGAGUCUGGACGUAUGCUCCUCUAAGUUCAUCUUCUCCCACGUGGAGGAGAGGAUGAGGAGCCAGAGCCUUAGGAUGCUCUGCGAUGUGCUCCUAGACCAGGCCGUCCUACCAGGAGUGGGUAACAUCAUCAAAAACGAGGCCCUGUUUGACUCCGGUCUUCAUCCUUCUGUCAAGGUCAAGCAACUAACGGAUACCCAGGUCCACCAUCUUGUUAAAAUGACACGAGAUUUCUCGCUUCUGUUUUACAAGUGCCGUAAGACAGGCUCUGCUCUCAACAAACACUACAAAGUGUACAAACGGCCUCACUGUGGUCAGUGCAAUGGGGCCAUCACGGUCUGUCGCCUCGGAGACAACGGGAGGAUGACCUAUUUCUGCAACCGUUGCCAGACUCUGGACCCAAGCGAGGUUAACCUGAGCAAGCUCCCAACCAGGAAUACUUCAGUUGGCUGGACGUACCAAGGCGACAUGAGCAGCAAUGACCACGUGGCCAAGAAGGAGGAAGAGGAGUGGGCCUGUCAACUCUGCACUCUGAUCAACCAGCCAAGGAGCAAGGCCUGCGACGCCUGCCUGACACCAAGGCCUGAGGUCCCCAAAGAGGCUUUCACCCCAGAGAGUUCACUCUUCACCAGUGGUCUCAUCAAGUACCCCUGCAAUGCUUUUACAAAACCACCAGAGGGCAUCAAAGUCAAUCGCAGGGCUGUGUUCGGGACCAGCACCCUGAUGUUCACUGACCUCAGCCCUAAGACGAAUCCCGUCAACGUUCCCCCUCCUCUGUCUUCCACCAACAGUCAAUUAAAUUCCUUGGCCACGGCAAGAGGUUUAAAUAAGCAAUACGUCUGUCAUGGCAAAACUAGUGGUCCCAAUUAUGCCUCUGGUGGCUGGCAGGACAGGAGCUUGGAGCUCUCCAAAGGGGAAUCAACAGGGGCCUCCUGCAGUCAGCCGCAUAAGAAAAUAAGGCUUGAUCACGGUCUUGUUUCCACUGGUAACAUACCCAAAAAUGGAAACUACUCAAGCCCCACUCAAAUCAAAGCACCAACAGGGGGUACAACAAAGUCCCCUCCCAAAUGCCCUUGCUGUGUCUCCCAUGGUCUUCCCAGUGUGCUCCGAGUGGUCACCAAGCAGGGAGAAAACAAAGGAAGACAGUUCUUCACCUGCUCGCUCCCCAGGGAGAGACAAUGCAACUUCUUUGAGUGGGCAGAUGCACAUUUCCCAUCCUGUCACCAUGCAAAACGCAGCCUGAUGAGGACUGUACUUAAACUAGGACCAAACAACGGACGUAACUUUUACGUCUGCAGUUUCCCAAAGGGCAAGCAGUGUGAGUUCUUCCAGUGGGCAGAAAACGGUCCAGGAAUCGCUGUCCUUCCUGGUUGCUGAUGGAGUGGGGAAUCUUACAGAACCUUUGACCAGCUCUGCUUUUUGCAAUAAUUAUAUGAAUAUAUAAUGUCUUACUGUGUCUCUGUUAAAGAUGUAGUCUGGGACUCUUGUUUAAAAAAAAUUAAAAUAAAGCUUUUUUUUUUUUACAAACCUCCCAUUUUGGGUGGAAUGUGAAAUGUUGUUUAUAUGUGCAUAAUCUAUAACAUGUUAUAGGAAUUUGUCUUUAACUCCUUGUUUUGCUGUGAUGAGUUAGAUUAUUUGCAUGCAUCAUUGAUGAUGUAAGAAUUAGUUUGCUUUGUAUGUAACAGGAUUUUAAAUGUAAUUAAUCCUAUGGGUUAUGGAAUUAUUAAUAAAAAGCACUUUUACAAGUUCUGGCAGUUAGCAGAUGCUCUAAUCUAAAGCAGUUUACAGUUCGUACAUUAAGAAUGUCAAAUCAAUAUUAUAUUAAUACAAUCGCUCUUGGCAUUUUUAAUUACAACUUACUAAAUGCAAUCAGCAUAGUCAGUGCAAACUCUGGAGACAAGUACAAUACACAAACAUAAGUAGC